CAACACGUGACCCUUCUGACAGCCGCGGGUCGCAGCCGAGGUGCCCUGUUCAGACCAGCCUCCAUUUGGGGCGGAGCUUCUCUCUUUCAGCGGGAAUGCUCCCCAUGAUUCUUAUACUAUUGCUCGUCUCGGAAGAUGCCUAGGUUUAUCUCCUUGAAUUUGAACUCGGUGAUCUAACGCGAUAAGCACAUACAUUCUUACUCUCUUCCUCGGCGUACCGCAUUUCUUUCGCCUCCAUCAUUACAUCUCCGCCAUGGCCUCUCUCCCGAGCUACUCCGCCACUGGGAGGACGAGAUCGUCCGAUGAUGCCACAACCUCCAGUACCGACGCAGGAAUAUCAACCGAGGGCACGACAGCCCAAGUAAACCUACCGGAGGAUGGAGAGACCGAGACCGUCAUCUUGAACAAAGACAUGCCCACAUCGUCUACGGAGAAUCCUCUGGACGUCGCCGUCAAGACCCUCACCAAACCCUCCAAUAAUGCCGAUACCUCCAAUCACCAGGAAGAACCUCGCAAAUGCUGGAUUUGCUACACAGACGAGACGGAGGAUUCGCCACUAAACUCGGAGUGGCGAUCUCCCUGCCCUUGUGCAUUGACGGCCCACGAAGCAUGUCUACUCGACUGGCUUGCAGAUAUGGAAAACCCUCGGUCUCACAAGAGAAAUGGUCGUGGGGCAAAGAUGGUCUGCCCGCAAUGCAAAUCAGAGAUCGUCGUUACUCGCCCGCGAAGCUACGUCGUUGACACCCUGCGUCUGAUGGAGAGAAUUGCGGGACGAUUGGUUCUUCCAGGCAUGGUGUUCACCGUCGCCGGUACUGUGUGGGCCGGAUGUUGUGCCCAUGGCAUAUACUCGAUGUAUCUUGUGUUUGGUACAGAGGAGGCAAAACAUAUUCUCGAAGAUAGCGUUGACGGCCCGUGGAAUCCCGGCAUGAAUCUCGGUCUACCUCUGAUCCCCCUAGUCUUGAUUUUCUCACGGACUCGUUAUGCGGAAGGUCUUCUUCCGGCGAUCCCUGUUCUAUUCUUCGCUGCGCAUAAUCCCGGACAGGAGCCCGACUUUGACCUUUGGCCACCUACUCCGGCCAUGACAUUCGCUGCCCUACCAUAUGUGAAGAGCUUUUACGGCGCCCUCUACGACCGUCUAUUUGGUGGUCUAGAGAGAAAGUGGAUCGCAGAGGUGCAGCCUCGUGCAGCGGAGGAGAUCAUGGACGAAGUUCAGCAGCAGGAUCAGGCAGAGGGGCUUAAUCGUUUCGGCGACAAUGUGAACGGCCAAAUACUUAUGGAAAUUGAUCUUGAGUUGCAGGACGGCCAAGCACAGGGACAGAACGCAGGCCCCAACAACGGGCUUGGUCUCGGGCGUCGACAAAACGAGAUUAUCCACGACACCGGUAAUCUUGCCGACACUGUUCUUGGAGCACUCGUCUUCCCCGCUAUCUCAGCGUCCAUGGGUGGGUUGCUCAAGUAUAUCUUACCAAAAUCUUGGACAACUCCGUCGUCAGUCCUCGAACGAAGUCGGCCAGGCCUUCUACAGUCUCGCUGGGGCCGUAGCGUGGUUGGUGGCUGUAUGUUUGUGCUGCUCAAAGACGCCCUUGUCCUUUACUGCCGAUGGAAGCUCGCACAGACACACCGGCGUCGCAAGGUGCAGAACUAUGAUCGAUCCAAAAAGCACACCGGGAAGAAGAGAUAGAUGGGAAGAAAUGAAGGAACUCGUGCCAGUUUCUUCGCUAUGAUCUCCCUGGCAACUGCUCUUCGUUCUUACUGGGCCGGUCUAACACAUUGUUUGCAUUCUACGGCGUUUUAAGGAAAUCUACCCGGUGGAAUUUGGUAGGAUACGCCACUUAUCUGCAUGUCGAUUUGACAUAUUAUGCCUUUCAUGACCUAUAAGAUACCGUUGGACACUACAAAUAGCUCCUGUUUCUCAAAUUCUUUUCCUUCAUUGGCUUUUAAGCCUAUUCUUUCAUUGUACCUAUCAGCAGGAGUCGCGCCUGACACCCCAUGUCGAUGCCUGAUGAAAACCCAAGGCCUCGCAGUAAAUGUAUGCAAUAAACCUUGUCUAUUCAAACUACUUUUGCAGGA